CGACUAAAAUCCUUCAUCUUCAAACAUUCAGUUAAAAACCACGGAGGUGUAAAAAGUCUGUUUUCAAAAUGUGACUUAAAACUGGAUAAAAGUCAAUGUUCAGCUUCUGUCAGACACAGGAUCAUAGAAGAUAUGAUGUCAUUGACAGGCGACCAAUAACGUUACCAUGAUGAAAAUCAGUAAGAACACAACUCAACAACAUAUAGAUCAGAGAUCCAGUUAUUUUUAAUGUGGAAGAGUUUCGUAUUAAGUGAUGGUUCUCAGCUGCUGCUGUUCUCUCUUCAUGUCUAUCUAUUGUUUCAUGAUGAUGAUUGACAGGUCAACAAGACCUCUGAAUGGCUACCUGCUCCACUUCAUCACCAGGUGCUGAGGGCUCAGAGCCAACUUUCUGUUUAUGUUCUGCAGGUGUGAUUGACAGCAGAUGGAGAGAAGAGGAAAAAAAAUUGUGUGAUAGACAAACAUCAGGAAGGAAGGACAAGCAGCAGUCGGUGUGAUGAACCUGCUGAGAGACGAGCUUCUUAUUCCCCGACCGACUGAGGAGAGAGUCAGACUGAAGACCCCGAGGAGACGGCCACAGCUCCCGGUAACAGCUCCCGGUAACAGCUCCCAGUAUGGCCAGUUCCCUCCUGCAGUCAGUGGAGAUCUCUGCUUCCCAGUUUCUGGAUAUUUUUCAUCACUACGACAACGACGGAAACGGUUUCAUUGAAGGAAAAGAGCUGCAGAGUUUCAUCCAAGAGCUGAGAGAGGCUCGACAGCAGGCGGGGCUGGAUCUGACUGAUGAGAUGAAACAGUUAGUGAGUGAAUAUGAGAAGAACUCCGAGCAGAGGAUCGACCUGGUUCAGCUGGUCCAGGUUUUACCCACUGAGGAGAACUUCCUGUUGUUCUUCAGACAGCAGCUCAGCUCCUGUUCACACUUCAUCCAGGUGUGGAGACGUUAUGAUGCUGAUCACAGUGGAUACAUCGAGGCCGAUGAGCUGAAGAACUUCCUGAAGGAUCUGCUGCUGAAAGCUAAGCGAACAUGUGACAACAAGAAACUCGAUGAGUACACGGCUGCAACUUUAAAGAUUUUUGAUUCAAAUUCAGAUGGAAAACUCUGCUUAGCAGAAAUGUCCAGGUUGCUGCCUCGUGAGCACAACUUCCAGAUGAAGUUUGAGGGCCUAAAGAUGUCCAAGCUUCAGUUCAACAAGAUUUUUGAUCUCUAUGACCAGGAUGGCAGUGGCUUCAUGGAUCAAUUAAAGCUGGACUCUCUGCUUAAUGAUCUGUGUGAAAAAAACAAUAAGGUGGUGGACUCCACAGAUCUCCAUCGUUACCGCUCGUCCAUCAUAGAGUUAUCAGAUGGAGGGAAAUUAUACCGCACUGAUCUCUGUCUGCUGCUCUGCCAUGACGACUGAAACGCUGCAGGGAAACACCUACAUCACCUGGCUCCUCCCACACACCUAAUGUAAUGCCUCAUAGAUCAUGUCCCCCGCUCCACCCACCAGGCUUCAGUUUUAGCUCCAGUGGUGUUAUGUCUUUCCUCUUACGACCUUUAACCCACCUGUGUAGUGUGAAGUAUUUGACUGGUACCAUGUUAACAUCACAGAUAUGUCACUGCUUUAAUGUCUGUUGUCUCUAAUGAAGAACGUGUGAAUAAAAUGUAAAACCAUCCAUGUGGAAAUAACUUUAACAUGUGAAAUGACCAUAGGAAACCUUCUAACGAUGGUGUUACAGACUGUCAGUGUAAAACCAUGUAUGUGUUGCAUCUGUGUUCAUGUUGAAAUAAACUCAGACGUCUGAUGAUUUAA